AGAUCAGAAACUACAGCUCGCAAACGCCUGUCGAUUUGCCGUACAAAAACAAAGCGAAGCCGCGACGCGAAAAAAGGGACGAAACCAUAGCCAAAUCCUGUAGGAGUGCUGUGCCCGUGGUUAUAAUGAGAAGCAAUCAUGGUGCAUGAGCAGGAACAAUUUGUGAGAUUCGGCUAUCCCCAAGGAAAGCUAUGACACCACGCAUGUCCAAAUACUUCAUGCAUCUUGCAGACUUACCACACAGCCGUCUGGGUACGCUCGGCGGCAAAAUAUGAGAGUGCAAUUGGUCUUGUCAAGCGGUCCAUGUCAACCACCGACGGAAUCUCAGGCAGCCGCUUCUGACAGACUGCUUCAAACGGAGCCACUCUCUGCGAAUUCGACGGCACAGGUGUCUGAAGGUGACGGAGAGGGUGGCGGAGAGGGCGCCGUCGACCGCACGCGCUCCCAUACUUCCUGCUCGAAAGCCAGGAUGCUACCGCCCGAUUAUCAUGUCUAGAAAUGCCGCGCAAGUCUCAAGUUCGGGACCCGACAAGUGAAUCGCGAAAAAAGUGGGUCCAGAUCAGCCAAGCCGUGCAUGUGCAAACGAUGGCAACAACCACAUAUUGGAAGAUGCAGAUUGAACUUGCGCUGUCCUCAAGGGUUUUAACGAGGAAUUUCAUAGUCAAAAUCUGUCGAGGUAGUAGCGAAGGACUACCGAAUCAGCCAGAAUCCUCUUGUCCUCGGGUUGUGACUCCUACCGCGAAGCCAACGUGGCUUCAACUCGUGUGUAUCACACAACGCCAUACCACCACGACUUUUACACAAGGACUCAAAGAGCAUCAUCAUCAGAUACAAGAGCUACAACUCCGUCUCCAACAAACGACGAGACUCGCCUCCACACCAGAACCACAUCAACAAAAUCUCGCAACGACAACCAAAAAUGCCUUGCCACGUCCGCUCCAAACAACCAAAAGCUACGGCCAAACUUGUCUCAUUGGUAGGGGUUUUCGCCCUCCUCCUUGCGGUGGUCACAGCCUUCGAACCCGAAAAUCACCUUCAAGCCACAUUACCACUUUCCGUCGGCGGAGCUACAUUAAUCGUCCUACCGUUUUCGCAAAAAUUUCAGACAGCGAUGGAUCCGGAUUCACGAUAUCGUAGACCUCAUGUUCCGACCAGUCGACAGCAGAGGAGAGAUGAGGAGAGUAGGGCUAGGAAGGAGAUGUUGGCUGAGAUUAAGACUUCGUGAAGUAAGCAAAGACGACGGUUCAUGGUACAGUCGUGAGUGAUCAUCGGAGUGUUAUGAGAGGGAGUCCGGCUGCUGUGUGGAGGAUAUGGCGCACUCCCAGCCACCCAGCCGUAAUUAAUCAUCGCAUCAAAUAAUCAAUCGUUCACCAUUCC